GAAUACACAGGGCUGAAAAUUGCAGUCUAGUUUCGUCGCGAUUGCAGUGUGGAUCGAUAAUAGAACAAAAAUUGGCAGAGUGAAAUGUGAAAAUUGUGGAAAAUUAUUUAAUAGAAAAUCCUUCAUUGCAGAAUAAGCAAAAAUAUGUACUUAGUCGAAUAUUCAACAAAUGUGGUUAUUAAUGCUUUUUGGCUUUCUCAAAUAAAAUAAAAUAACAUAAAACAAUGAGUGUAAAGCGUAGUGUGAAAAAACGUUACGUUAAACGUAAAAAUAUAGUAUAAAACAAAAACAAUCUAUUAGCUAAGCAACCUUAAAAUAAUUAACCAAUCAACUACGUAACACCGACCAACCGUCCGCUUCAAUUUCGAAAAUUACUUAGUUAAAACGUGUAAUAACUUAGCAUACUUAAUAGCAUACUCAAUAGCGCUGCCCGCUUCAGUUCACCUAUGCGCGUUCAUAUAAACAACCAAUACAGUGACGAAAUCAAUGAAAAAUUCCGACACAUAACAAGAAAGAGAGGUGGAGUUCCACGAAACCACGAUAAAAACGCUCUGUGUACAUAAAAAUCCGUGAGAAAAGCUCCCGCAAAGCUUUUGCAGCAAAAGAAAAGACGCUAUAAAACAAACUGUAAAAACAAACACACGCAUUGCUGCACAAACAAACAAAAACAAAGACUAAAAACUAAAAUAAAGCAUAAUCAAAGGAAGUUAAAAGAGAGAGAGAGAGAGAGUGAGAGGUUUGAGAGCGUAAAUUCAAUUCAAUGAAACUUACACGCGAUUGAAAUGCACAUGAGAAGCAGUUAUAGUAGUACGCGACGGCACAAACUCACAUAUCCUCGUAAACAGCACACAUACUUACUGACACACACGUGCCUGAACAACGUCAGAACGCAUACAUACAAACAAACAAACAGCUACACAAAUUACGUACGAGAGAUUUUGUCAAAUGUAAAGGAACUUCAAGGAUUUCAAGAUAUAUACAAAUUAACGACAGCGAUAUGCUAGACUCAAUAGCAAAUGCUGCCGAAGUGUAAAAAAUAGAAACUCACAACCACAUCCGGUAGGAAAAACAAACACAUCUACUUAUGUGCGGGUAGAAACAUACACACACAACUAAAAAACUUAACAAGGACAUCGGGAGUGAAAACUUGAAGGCGAAAUGCAUUUACUGUUAAUAAAAGAAAAAACUGAAUAAGAAGUACGACUGUAAAGGAGUGGGGAUAUAAUUUAAAUAAUAGUGUAGUGUGCUUUUUGGCGUAGAAGCAGCUGGUUUGUUGUAUGCCAUCUGCAGAUUCAAACUGUAGCGUUGAAUUCGCGUUGAAGCAUAACACUUUGAACAUAUCAAAAUAAAAACGUAUAUACACACACAGACACACUUACACAAUCAUACAGUAUACACGCAACGCAACGCCGAAAAAUAUGCAACACUAGUGCAGUGUCACGCUUGAAGUCAGCAGCAGAAUGUCCUUAGGCGAACCUUGUGAGCUGCUGCCAGGCAGCACAGUGCGAAGGAGGAACAGCAAUUUCAGCGCAUUUGCAAUGAGUGCCGUUAGUUACCCCUCUAACGGUACCACAACAUGUCACGGUAGCAGUAGUUGUGGCAGCGGCUGCUGCAUUAGUGGUCGUCUCAUAAAUCGGCAUAGCAACGACUACAGUAGCUGUUGCAACAACAACAACAACAAUAGCAGGCAACAACUGCAAACUAUACAACAAAAACUGCCACUUCGGCAAACAUUGCGGCAGCAAAGGAACAAUGGCAAUAUCAAUGCAAACUACAAAUUCAGAAACAGCAUCAAAGCAAAAACAGCAACACCAACAACAAUAACAACGAGCACAUCAACUGCAGUGGCACAGCUUGUGGGCUGCCCAGAAGCUGGCGACGAUGUGCCGUCACACUCGCCAUAUUCAAGUUGUGGACGGCUGAAACAGCGCCGAAAGUUGAAAACGCUGUUGCCGACAAAUGUGCCCGCCUCGGCGUAUGCCCUUACCGGUUUGGUGCUGUUGUGUUCGGCGCUUCUAUCGCCAUGCCAUGCUUUCCAGCUGGAUGGCUCACAAAAUUCUUUCGCCCAAUUUCGCAAAUGGUAUACGGGACUCAAUGGCUCGCUGGAGCUGGAGUUUAAGACUGAGCAGCCCAACGGCUUGGUGCUUUACACCGAUGAUGGUGGUACAUAUGACUUCUUCGAGCUGAAACUGGUGGAGGGUGCAUUGCGUUUGCGUUAUAAUUUGGGCGGUGGAGCGCAUAUCAUAACUGUCGGCAGAGAAUUACAUGAUGGCCAUUGGCAUAAAGUGCAGGUGUUGCGCAAUGACGAACAAACAUCACUGAUUGUGGAUGGCGUGUCGCAGAGCAGUACGACCAAGGGCAAGGAAUUUCAAUUUGGAAAAUUUGCCACCAACUCUGACGUCUAUGUAGGCGGCAUGCCAAAUUGGUACAGCACAAAGUUGGCAUUAUUAGCCUUGCCAAGCGUGAUCUUCGAGCCGAGAUUCCGGGGUGCCAUUCGCAAUUUGGUAUACGCCGAUCAGCCAGGUGGGGCGACACGCCGUCAGGAAAUGAAGCAGCCACGUGAUAUAAAGUGUGGCGACGGCCCAUGCGAUAACGGUGAAAUGCCAAAGGAGAAGGUACCUAGGGGUGUACGCGGCGGUAAUACCACAGAUGCUUGUGAACGAAGUGAUCCUUGCCAACAUGGUGGUAUUUGUAUCUCAACCGAUUCGGGUCCAAUAUGUGAAUGUCGAAAUCUUGAAUAUGAUGGACAAUAUUGUGAAAAAGAAAAAGCGCCAUCAGAAGCCACAUUUCGCGGUCAACAGUUCCUGUCGUAUGAUCUUGGCCAAACUAGUGCCGAGCCGAUUGUAAGCGCUCAGGAUGCCAUUACGCUAUACUUUCGCACUCGUCAACCCAAUGGUUUAUUAUUCUAUACAGGGCACGGUACUGAUUACCUGAAUUUGGCGCUACGUGAUGGCGGCGUUUCACUUACAAUGGGUUUAGCUAACGGUAAACAGGAAAUGCAUAUCAAGCCAUCCAAGGUACGUUUUGAUGAUCAUCAAUGGCACAAAGUAACGGUACAUCGUCGAAUUCAAGAAAUAUCUUCGAUAACAAGCUUCUGCAGACUUGUGACCGUUGUUGAUGAUGUUUACACCGAUCACUCGCAUAUUGCCGGUAAAUUCACAAUGCUAUCUUCGUCUCGUGUUUAUGUCGGUGGCGCCGUCAAUCCACGCGCGCUGCUCGGUGCUCGUGUGCAUAAUAACUUUGUAGGCUGUCUUCGUAAGGUUGAGUUCUCUGCAGAUACAUUAUUAUUAAACCUUAUCGAUUUGGCUAAAAGUGGCUCAAAACUGAUUCAAGUCGCAGGUAAUGUCGAAUAUCAGUGUCCCAUAGGAGACCCACAGGACCCAGUUACGUUUACUACAAGGGAAUCGCAUUUGGUUUUACCACCAUGGGAGACUGGCAAACAAAGCUCUAUAUCCUUUAAAUUUCGUACCAAGGAACCUAAUGGAUUGAUCAUUUUGGCCACAGGCUCGAAACAACCGCGCUCGAAGAAUGCCGUACUGUUUGCCAUUGAGCUAUUGAAUGGACACAUUUACAUACACUUGGACUUGGGUUCAGGUGCGGCGAAGGUGCGUGCCUCACGACGUCGAGUUGACGACGGUGAUUGGCAUGAUUUGAUAUUGCGGCGCAACGGACGGGAUGCAAAGGUAAGCGUCGACGGCGUUUGGAAUGAGUUCCGUACACCGGGCGAUGGUACCAUACUGGAACUGGAUGGGCAUAUGUAUGUCGGUGGUACGGGUCCAGCGUACAAUAAUAUCGCAUGGCCACCGGCUAUCUGGACGGCAACGUUGCGGCAAGGUUUUGUCGGUUGCUUGCGUGACUUGGUUUUAAGCGGCAAGGCAAUCGAUAUUGCAGCAUUCGCACGCUUGCAGGACUCAGCAUCGGUGAAGCCAUCAUGCCACGUACAGGCCAACGUUUGUUCCGGCAAUCCCUGCUUGAAUGGUGGCACCUGCAUAGAGGGCUGGAAUCGACCCAUUUGCGACUGCACUGCUACACUAUACGCCGGACCGACAUGCGGACGCGAGUUGGCCACAUUGGCAUUCAACGGCAGCCAACAUAUGACUGUAUGGCUGGGCAAUGGUCAAGGCACCAAAACUCAAACUGAAGAGCUUAUAAUACGUUUCAAAACCUCGCGACCCACCGGCUUAAUACUACUAACAAGUGCCGAGUCGAAUUCGCCAGAUCGCUUGGAGAUCGCGCUGGUGGCGGGACGUGUGCGUGCCAGUGUGCGUUUAAGUGAUCGAGAGAAGAAUUUACUUGCCGGUCAAUCGGUGUUGAAUGACAACAACUGGCACACAAUACGCUUCUCGCGACGUGCCUCCAAUCUACGGCUACAAGUUGACGGGGUUCCCCCUGUCAGGGGUAUGUUAUCGGAGACUAUACUCGGUCGCCACAGCACCAUCGAGAUACGUUCCAUCCACUUGGGUGGAAUGUUUCAUGCCGAGGAGGAAAUCCAAAUGACGUCGACAAUGCCCAAUUUUAUUGGCCAACUACAGGGAUUCAUUUUCAAUGGACAAAGAUAUAUUGAUAUUGUUAAAAAUUUGGGUCCCGAGUUAUCGGCACUGCCAAGCGCUACCUUCAAGUUGACAGCGCGUUUUGUGAACUCACCACCCGGUAAUCCUUACCAUGCUGCCACCUUCCGUUCGAAGCACUCUUAUGUAGGUUUACCCAUGUUGAAGGCGUACUCUAGCGUCUCGGUGGAUUUCCGCUUCAAAACAGUCGAACCAAAUGGUUUGUUACUCUAUAACGGUGGACGACGUAAUGAUUUCAUUGCUUUGGAGUUGGUUAACGGUCAUAUACACUAUACCUUUGACAUUGGUGAUGGGCCGAUAACAAUGCGUGACAAGUCACGCAUACACAUGAAUGACAAUCGCUGGCAUCAAGUGAGCAUACGUCGACCGGGACCCAAAACGCACACGCUUACCGUGGAUGAUUCAUUCGAGAUUGUUACACUGACCGGCAACAGCAUGCAUUUGGAGCUUUCGGGCAUACUCUAUAUAGGUGGCGUGUUCAAGGACAUGUACGCGAAAUUGCCGGCGUCCAUUUCAUCGCGUUCUGGUUUUGAGGGUUGUCUUGCUUCUUUGGAUCUGGGUGAUACAUCACCGACACUGACCAGCGAUGCGGUUGUGCCAAGCUCGCUGGUGGUGUCUGGUUGUGAAGGUCCGACCAAAUGCAGUCAGAACGCAUGUGCCAAUCGUGGCGUUUGCGUGCAACAAUGGAAUGCCUACGUAUGUGAAUGUGACAUGACUUCGUAUACCGGCCCGACGUGUUACGAUGAAUCAAUCGCCUAUGAGUUCGGCAACAACAAAGGCAUUAUACAAUAUGCUUUUCCGGAAAAUAUGCAAGCAGAUACCGAAGAAGACAAUGUCGCUUUGGGUUUCAUCACAACCAAAUCCGAUGCUGUGAUAUUGCGUGUGGAGAGUGCGACCACACAGGACUAUAUGGAACUCGAAAUAGUCGAAGGCAAUAUAUUUAUGGUGUAUAAUAUUGGUACACGCGAUUUGCCGUUAGGUGAAAUUGGCACCAAAGUGAACGACAACACCUACCAUGUGGUGCGCUUUAGCCGUAAAGGUGGCAACGCUACACUCCAGCUCGAUGACUAUAAUGUGCAAACAUUGACACCACAAGGGCAUCAAUCGACCGUGUUUAAUACCAUGUCCAGCAUUCAAGUGGGCGGAAAAUUUAGCCGUGGCGGUAGAACACGAAUUGAACGUCCAUUUGCUGGUGUUAUUGCCGGUUUGUCGGUGAAUAAGCUACGCAUACUGGAUUUGGCUGUUGAACGUGACCCACAUAUAACCAUACGAGGAGAUGUUCAAUUGGUAACUGGAGUAUUAGAUAGAAAUGAUCUGCAAAGAAUGCAGCAGACCCCAGCAAGUGGUUAUCCGGGCGCCAUUGAUGAUCUAAUCUUCUCGGGCGCCGGUUCUGGUUGUCGUGGUGACGAUGAAGAUGAGUGUACACCACCAUUCGAAUCGGGCAGCGGUGAUGACUUGAUCACGCCUGUGUAUGUGCCGCCCACAAAACAAACAACAACAGCACAAGUUGCAAAUACAGACAAAACUAACGGCACGGAGCGUGCUUGUGACGAUGAGGACUGCCUGCAUGGAUCUGGUGAUUAUGGCGAGACUACGGAGCAGUUCACUUCCACCAGCACAGCGAAAGGAUCAGAAUCGAAUCAUGAAAUCAUAUCGUCGACAACAGAUGGCGCUAACCGACGUAUUGAUACGUCCAGCACAACCACGGAACAGCAGCGUUCAACUACUACUCUAUCCAGCAGUGUGAUGACACGAACCGAGAGUCAAACGUAUGCGCCGCGAGAAACUACCGUACCUUAUAGCGCCACUACGAGCAUUGUCACGCAGCAACGGCAGACAUCAACACCCACUUCGAUCUACACGACCUCUACGCAACGAGCAUCUACAUCAACACUGACAACAACUACCAGCCAAGCAACGCCACCCCCUGAAAUCCAUUCCACAGCGACGGAACAUCAAACCACACCAUAUGAUAUCGUACAGGUGUUUAGCGGUGGUGAAGGCGGCGAACGACAUCAUGGCGAUGAAGAUGAAAAAUCAAAUAUGAUCUUUAAUGGUGAGCAUACAUCACUGCCGGAGGAACGACCACCUCCGCACAUACCUUCACCACAUGAAACACCGCCAUACUAUCAAAUGCCACCACAACCGCCCACAUAUGGCAAUAACUACCGCUCCAAGGGCAAGGGUGGUCGCGUCAACUCCAUCGAAGAGGAGCGCACCGCUAUGAUAAUCGGCAUUGUCGCCGGCAUACUGAUAGCUGUAAUACUGGUGAUAUUGUUGGUCUUGUGGCUGAAAUCGACCGGUGAUCGCAACUAUAAAACGGAAGGAGAGAAAGCCGCUGCCUAUGGACAUAAUCCCAAUGCGGCAUUGUUGGGUAAUAGCAGUACCAACGGUUCCUAUCAUCAGCAGCGCCACCAUGGGACACACCAUCAGAGCAAUGGGCAUAAUGCAAGCGGUGGUGGUGGAGGCGGCACUGGUGGCAGCGGUAGUGGCAGCAUGCUCGGCGCAGCUGGUGUCAAUAGUGGUGGUGUAGUCGGCUAUGGUUGUAUAAGUUCCGGCAUAGCCAGUACCGGCGCCGAUGGUCGCCCACAAAUGGCCGGGCUAGUGCAACCUAAGCCGAAGAAACGAGAUUCCAAGGAUGUUAAGGAAUGGUAUGUGUAAAUUGUUUUUGUUUGAAUGAGGUCUGGGGCGAUGGAGAUUGUUAAAUUCUUGGAUUAACAGCGAUGAGGUGUUGAGAAAUGGAGUGGUUAAGUAUUUUAAUAUUUAAUUCAAAUUAGCAAUAAUAAAUUAACUAAAUUUAUGGAAUACAUAUUUAGUCAAAGGCACACAAACACCUAAAUGCAAACAAACAAACACAUACACAAAUACACUUAGUGAAAUACGAAAGGGUUCAGAAAAUAGUUCAGAGAUACUCACGAUGAGCGUGUAUUUAGUAAAAUAACAGUUAUACGACACACGAAAGAAUGUCUUUGCAUACAUAACGGUUAUUACCUAUGCGUAAUUAUGGGCGACAAAAUAUCGAAAACUCAAUAAGAAAUUAUGGUAUAAAAGCAAGCAAAAGCAAUGGAAAGAAGUAACAACAACAAACAAACAGCCAACCAAAAUAAAACAAAACCAACAUCAAAUAUUUAUGACAGUUUAAAAUAUAUAAUGUACUAACACUUGAUUAUUCUAAUAUUAAUAUUAACAAGUUGAACAAUAAGAUAACAAAACAAACAAAUAAAACUCAUAUGUAUGUAUGUAUAUGUAAUGUACAAAAAAAGCAAAACGAAAGAGAUAAUAAUCAUGAGGUGCAUCAGCGGCAGUUUCAGCAAUGGGACAAGAGAAUUGAUCACUUUAUCCCAAAGGAUAAAAAAAAAACUAAUUUUUGCUGUAGAAAUUCUCAAAAGGUCCUCAGCAUUGUUUCUCGAGUACAAUAAAAGCAAUUGUUAGCAGACCUCGGCAGCACUUCGGCUUUUUUUAAGAAUUAUCGACUACUUAUGUUAUAAAGUCCUUUUGGAGAUGAGUGCUUACAUUGAGGUUUUUGCAAAAUAUUCUUUUAGUUGUCACUGUUCUCAGCUGAAAUACUAAUAUGUCAUAGAAAUAAUAAAAACCUAUAAAUGAAUUAUGAUAUCGAGAUUUAAAGUAAAUUUUCAAAGAGAUUUUUUGUAGCUCAAUUUUUUUGAGAGUUUUUUCUUAAUAAUAUUAACCGUUAUUGCUUUCAUUUGAAAAAAUCUACUUUAUACAAGUAUAUAUGAAUAUUGGGUUAAUGUAUCUAUUUUGCUGUAAAAUCUGUGAGUUUAUUCCAGAAUUCCGGUCCAGUGGGUUGAACUCAUUUACUCGAUAUACUAUAUUGUACUAUAUAUGUAUGUAAUGAUCACAUGUAUAUUGUCUGUUUCGGCUGCUGAUGUUCGGAGUGAAUCCAAGUAUUAUUUUGUGUUAUAAAGCAGUAUACAAAUCCAAUGGGUUUCUUUGUUGAAAAGUCCGUUAGAAACAAGUGUAUGGUUUAAGUUGUGUAUUAGUGAGCAGGAAAAUACAGUGGCCAUAUAUGCGUAUGAAUAUAAUACUAUAAUGUAAAGUACAUAUAUUUAGAAUAAAAUAAACUAUAAAGAAAUGUAUGGAAACAUUGAAAGUUGUCAUGUGAGUUAGGAAAGACAUCAAAAUUGAUUCAAUUAGGUUGACAAAGUGACGAUGGUUUAUUAAAUAGACGAACAAAUACACAUAAAUAUACUAGAAACAGUGUUGGCAAUAAUAAUAAACACAAAUAAAAUAGCAAAGCAUUACAAAAAAAGUUUUAGAAAAUGAUUGCCGUCUAACGGUGAAAAUCUAUGGCUUAAUAAAUUAUAUAAAAAUACAUAAAUAGGCAAAAAAAAACAAAACAAUACCAAGUAGUUCCAAAAUCAAGCAAAUCUCUAUGAAUAUUUAACCAAAUUUGAUUCGUUGAAUUCUUCAUGUAAAGUUACAACAAGAAAAAGGAAAAAUUAAAAACUUAAAUAUAUAUAUACAUAUAACAAAUGUGGUGCUGUAAUAAUGUAAUACUUAGUCCCAAAUUUUUAAAAACUAAAUUCAAGAUAUUUAAUUUAGUAAAAGAAAAACUCAUAACUUAAUGCUACAAACCAAAAGUAAAAUACUAUAUCAAGCAACUUUAAUGAAGGCACUUAUUAUAGUGAUAUACAAAACACAUAUUAUAAAUAUAAUGACAGAGAAUCCGUGACAAAAAAUUAAAUUUAAAACUAACCAUACUGAAACUAAAUAAUAUUAUAAUAUUAACUAUUGGCUUUGACACUGCAAUUACUACAACAAAUGGAAACAGAAGGUAAACAACACUGUGCUGGACGACUCUCUAGACGCGAUUUACACGUCACACGCCGAUUUACACACGCUCAGUCAUUCGGUCGAAUAGCUCAAAUUCACGCAAACACAAAAUGGCGGGCUUACUGCACUUACUUGUAUCGUUCACUACACACUUUAACACACACACACACAUCUUAACUAAGCUACUCACGCGCAUACAUAUAUAGCUCAUUAUUUGAUCUCUCGUAUCCGACGCCGCGUUGCGUUCUCUUUGUAUGCAUGAAGGGUAUGAAGGUAAUAUUGCCAGUGUUCACCGUAUUUAACUUUUUUACAAUAUUUAUUAUACAAAAAAGACGCCGUGAGAACUUAUAACAGCUAUUAGAAUGCUAAAUAUUUUACAACAACAAAUGCGUGUUUGUAUAUCGUUUUUUGAUGCUAAAUACAAUAGAGAUUUUUUUGUGUUGGUUUUUUAAGAAUUUUUGAAAGACUUUUUGUCUACACUUAGACUUAAAUAAAAUGCUUAACUCGGACAUAUCAAAUGCAAAAUAAGACAUUUUGAAAUGCAAACAUUUUACUAAAACUAAGCAAAAUAAAUAUAAAUUAAAGCACACAAAAAUGAAACAUACAAACAUACAAACAUACAUACACGUCAUCACUUACAGCAAGCGACUGUUCGCAUCCCAUUAAUCCUUAUUCAGUUUGAGGCAACGUCAUCAGCAGUUAUGUACAUAUAUAUUUUUUAUUUUUUCAUUGCAUGAGAGUUAUGUAUUUGCAUAUCACUUUUACAUGAGAAGGAAAUGUAAAUUCAAACCAAUCUAACCUAACUUAAUUUUUUUGUGAAAAAAAUUUUAAUAUGAAUAUAACCUUUGAAGCAUUUUUUGUUUGCAAAAAAUAGUAAUUACCUCGGUUAUUAAUAUUUUUGCACAAAUGCGUCACUGCGCAAAAAACAUAAUGCAUUAAAAGUUAAUUGAAUUAAUAGUGCAAUUUUUAUUUUUUAAUCCAGAAAAUAAUCAAUAGAAAUAAUUUCUGAUUCCAAAUAGCGGAUUGAAAGAAUUAAAUAUUAAUAUUAAUCUCAAGAAUCCCAUUAAUAUUAGCGAAAUCUAUUAAAAAAAUAAUAAUUACUAAAUUUAAUAUAACAAGUCUUAAAAUAUUAAAGAAAACCAUUUCCAUAUUUAAUUUCGAUUUUGAAAAUUCAAAUUACAAUAUACAUACAAUAUUUUAAUUAAAAAAUUCGUAACCCUAACCUAUUUGACCGUUAACAUUAUAUAAGAGGUCUUAAAAUAUUAUACUUUACUUAUCCACUUUGUAAAAUUCAUUGUAGUUUUUCAGUAGUAAAUCUUUCCUUUUUAAAAUAUUUUUUUAUUUUUUACACCAAUUUUUAAAUAAAAAAAAUUCAAAUUUUUAAUACUAAAAUAAAUUUCUAAUUAAAAAAAAAUUCCAAUAUUUAAUUUCGAUU